AUGAGAAAGUUUGGAAGGAAUGUCUUGCAAGAUAGAGAAAAAUUGACUUCAUGGGUUGGAACAGCUUGGAUGCUGUAUGUUGCCCAGCAGCCUGACUUUGAGGCAAUCAGAAAUGGUGUAACUUACUUGUUUGAAUGCUCAGACUAUGAUUGGAAGGACAAGGAUAUGUUCAACAUUAGCUGUACAAAAAUGAUUACAGAACUGGAAAGCAUUUAUCCCGUCCAUGUUCAGUCGAUGAGAUUCUACAAUGCUGGCAUGUUCCUCAACCUUUUGCUGUCAAUGUCCCGACGAAUGCUGCCACCUCAGAUAUCCCGCAAGUUUCAUGUGAAGGGCUAUGAUCCACAGCGUGGUUACCUUGACCAACUUUUUGUUGCGCCCAACCUGGAAUCCGCCAAUCAAAGGAACUUGGCCCGGGUUAGAAAUGCCUUGCAAAUCCGAUUCGACAAUGAGGCAUCCUUUUCACUUGACUGA